AUGUCGUUAAGGUAACGUAAACAAAUGGCACCGUGACAAACAGUAUAAGAUAAAACUGCUUUACUUUUGCUAAUACUUCUUAUAUAGGAGUAAGUAAGAUUUCUCUGAAAUAAGAAAUUUAAUUAUCAAAUAAUAUACUACUUUGAUUGUUCAGGAUAUGUUAAAAUAAGCUCUUAGAUUAUAUAUAUUCAAUUAUUUUCAAAUGAAUAUGCGGUAUCUUUAACCGAACAAUUUUAGAAUUGUUUUAAAUGAUAGCAAAUGAUAAUUUUACAAUGUUAUUUGUCAAUAAUAAAGAGAUUAAUUAGUUAUAAUUCAUAAAUUGUAUCAUUUAAAUAUAUGAAAUUAAGAGGUAUCCUGUAGAAAAAAAAACAAGAGAGAGAACUCCUUCGAGUUGGCCUUGACCUUCUCAGGUACGUCUAAGGGAAAAACUUUUUAAAAUCCAAAAUUCCACAGAACGUCGAAGGACUACUUAAUUAAUGUCUGAGAAAGGCGAAGAAGGAGUUGUAAAGACACCUCCUGUGUCAGGUCACGGUUCACCACGGCCAGCUGAAACUCCAAGACCAUCUGAACAUGAAGAAGAGGAUGAGGUAGCUAUCAGCCGACCUCAGUCAUCCCUUGCCUUGGCUGAAGAGAAAAAAGAAGAACUGAUUGCGCAAUCGUUAGAUACUCUAUCAUUGGUGGAAAGAGAUGCAAAACAAGCCGCCAGUAGGGUAGAAGCUAUGAGCUAUGAUCCGUUUGAUGAGGAUCAAUCGGAAUUAAGAUUUCUACUUUCAAAACCUGUAUGCUUUCUUGUAAUUGGAAAACCUGGAUCUGGGAAAACGUCUCUAGCCAAGUUAAUUGCACAAGAGUGGCGAUGCAUACUAAUCAAUGCCACUGAGGUUAUUGAACAAGCAAUGCAAAUGGAAACAGAAUUAGGGUAUAAAGCUAAAGAAAUUCUUCUAAGAGGAGAAUCUAUUCCAGAAGAAUUAAGCGUUCGUAUGAUAGAAGAAAAAAUAUCUUCACCGGAAGUUGCUCAUCAUGGUUACGUCUUAGAUGAUUUUCCAUCACUAGUUGAAGAUUUUGCUCCGAUAUCCGACCAAGUACAAUUAAUAAGGAAUUGGAAACUUAAACCAGAUUUUAUUAUUAACAUUAAAAUGCCUGAUCAAGAUAUAAAAAACCGUCGAAUAUUUCAAAGAGUUGACCCUGUUACUGGAAGAAUCUAUACUAAAGAUAUUUAUGACCCUGACAAGCCUAAAAAAGAAGAAAAAAGAAAAAGCGAAGAUGAAGAGGAAGAAGAAGAAGAGGAGCAAAUUGAAGAAGAAGAAGAGGAAUCAGGAUUGGGUAACAAAUUGGAUCCUGAGAUUAUUCAAAGACUUAUCAAGAGACCUGAAGAUUUACCCGAUUAUGUUAACGAUCAUAUAAAACGGUAUAAAGAUAAUAUGUUGAGAAUUUUAGAAGAUUUCAUGAUAGAUCACGACCAACAACGACUUCUCGAGUUAGAUGGAAAUAAGUCUUUAGAUGUUCUAUUAUCAGAAGUUUUAAGCAAAUUACGCUGUUUUUGUGUCAAUGGAGCCGCCGUCCCGAUUCGUUUGCAAGACCAGGAAGGCGAAGAAGCUCCAGAAGAUAUCGAUACAGACGAAUUACUUCGUAUAUUGGCAGCAAGAGAAAUGCCAGCACCUCGUUUUCGCUGGAGGAGGUCAAAAUGGCUAAGGAAUUGUCCAGUCUCGCUUUCUGAUGGUGAUAUUUCAUCAGGAAGACCAGAAUAUUCUGUUGCUUUCCUGGAUAAAAUGUAUAUAAUGGCAACGGAAGAAGCAAUGGGAAAAUUCCUAAAGAAUCCAAGACCAUUUUUGUUACCACCUAAUCCAAGACCUCCUUGUAAAUUAUGUGUAACAGGACCUCCCUAUUCUGGAAAAACUUCCUUAUGUCAUAUGCUAGCUCAGAAAUAUGGAGCAACAGUCCUCGAUAUUAAUGAGUUAAUGAAAGAUCGAUAUGAGGAAGAGAAAAUCAAAGUGCUGGAUCAAAUUCGGGCUGAAGCAACUGAAAAUGCAAUUAAUACCAUUAAAACAAAGAUACAAGAGGAGAGAGAAGCCGAAAGAGCUGCUAGGAAAGCUCGAGAGGAAAAAGAGAGGGAAGAAAUGGGUGAGACGGAGAGUGAUGAAAAAGAAAAAGGUGAAGAAGAAAAGGGUGAGGAUGACGAACAAGAGGAAGGAGAAAAAACGGAGGAAGGUGAAAAGAAGGAAGAAGAGAAGGCGCCAGAAUCUGAGGAGAAAGAAGGAGAAAAAUCUGAAGAAGGAGAGGAAAAGAAAGAGGAAGAGGGAGAAAAGGCUCCAGAUGAAACUACCGAGAAGGAAGGGGAAGAAGCUGCAGCCGAAGACGGCGAAAAGAAAGAAGGCGAAGGAGAACCAGAAACAGAGAGAAGCUCUGAUGAUUCACUCCCAGCGGAAGCUGAGGUUAACGAACAGCAUCCAGAAGUUAUAGAAUUAGUCGAGGAAGCAAUGAAGCGUAAUGAUAAUCCGGAAGUUAAUCUUGGCCCAGAAAUCUACGUAGAAGUAAUGAAAAAAGAAAUAGAGAAAUUAGAGGAGAGUUAUAAAAAAUUACAACCCAAGGGACCAUUAUCCGGAGGUUGGAUUUUGGAUAAUUUCCCACAAAAUCGUGACCAAUGGGCAGUUAUGGUUGAUGGUAAAAUAUUACCAGAUGAGGUUAUUGUUAUACAGGAUAAUUCCGACAAUGGAGAAUUUCUACUAAAAAGAUGGUAUUAUCUAAAUAGAACAGUUAUUGAUAGUCAAAUUCAAGAAAGAUUAGAAGAAUUAGCAAAAGAGAAAGAACGUUUAGCUGAAGAAAACAGAAUAAAGCUUCUUGAAGCUGAAAAGAAGAGAUUGGAGGAAGAGGAGGCAAAAAAAGCCGAAACCGAAACGGAAGCGGAAGAGAAGAAAACCGAACUUGAAGAGGGAGAAAAACGUAGCAAACCACCGACUCCCGGAAUUCGCAUUGAAGACGAAAGAGGCGUUUCAGAAGUAGAGACUGAUGAAAAAGAUGAUAAAGAACAGAAAGCUGACAAUGAGGAAAGCGAAGAGAAAGACGAUAAAGAGAAGGAGAUAAUUGCUCCAUCCACUGCAACCCCAGAGGUUAUCAUUCAAGAGCAACCUGCCGAAAUGGGAACCCCACCUCCGGAAACUCCUGAUGAUGAAAAAAUGCCACCAGAAUGCCCAGAUGUCGAGGCAUUACGAGAAAAGAGAAAGCAAUGGGAUUCCGAAUGGAGUGCUAUGCACUCUGUUAUAACUGGCAACACUGCUAUUGAUCCUUUCCCUGUCGAUUUACAAAUUAAAGAUAUUGAGAAUGAUGAUGGCGUUAUCGGAAAAAAAUCUUUAGAAGAGGUCCUUGAAGAAACAGUACAGCACAUCGAAAAACUAUUCCAAUACAAACCAUGGAUUUACAGUGGUACAGAUAUCGAUGAAGAGGAAGAGGAUAUCGCCACUGAAAAAGCCCUUUUAGCUGAAGAGGAGGAAGAGGAGGAAGAGGAGGAAGAAGAAGGCGAAGAGGAAGAAGAUGCCAAUCGUUCAGUUAAGAAGCCAUUGGGCGAUACUUCUUUCUUCUGUCCAGUUGCUCUAAAGGAGCAUGAUGUUCUUUGGCCGGGUGACCCGGAAACUGGAGCAAAAUAUCGGGAAAAAGUUUAUUACAUUUCCAGUAACGAUUAUCGAGAGAAAUUUCUUGAAAAUCCUAUAAAGUAUCUACCAACAAAUGAACCAUUCAAACCUCCUCCUCCGCGUCUGUUUAUCUUAGGGCCUAAAGGAUCUGGGAAAAGUUUGCACGGUAGACAAUUGGCAAGAAGUCUGGGAGUAUUCCAUAUUCAAUUUAGGGAACGAUUACAAGAGCUCAUCAGGGCUAAAUCUAAAAAGAAACUUGGACCUGAAUAUGCAGAUAUUGAAUUAAAUAAAGAAAUUGACGAAUUAGAAAAAGAAGAUGAAGAAGAGGCUAAAUCAUUCGAGAAAGAGCUUGGAGAAAUAUUAAAUCCAGCCACUCUUGAAACAAAAGAGGAAUCUGACUUGAAAGAAGACAGUAAACUAGGAGAUGAAAAAGAGGAAGAAACCGAAGCUGAAGAGGAAGAGGAAUGGACUAAGGAGGAAGAGGCUAUAAAAGCUUACUUGGAAGAAGAUGAACCUUUAUCUAAUGAGAUUUUAAAUUCAAUUGUUAGGGACUGGUGGCAUAAAGAACCUUUUAAGAGUAAAGGAUUUAUUCUUGAAGGAUUUCCAAGAACGAAAGAUGAAGUAGACUAUGUAGAAACGAAUGGCCUUUAUCCCGAUACAGCUUUGAUAUUGAACGCUGAAGAUAGCGACAUUAUAGCUCGCCUCCUACCUCCUAAACUAGAAAAUUGGAAAUCGAGACGCGAUAGAAAGCAGGCAAUUAAAGAUAAGAAAAGAAAUAGAAAACAACAAAAGAGGGAAGCUUUAAUGAAGAAAAGAAGGGAAGAGAUUGUAAAAGAAAUCGAAGAGAAAAAGGCGGCAAGGAAAGCAGAGAAAGAGGCGGAGGCGGAGGAAGAAGAGGAAGAUUCAGAUGCAGAAAAGGUAGAGGAGGAAGAAGAGGAAGAAGAGGAGGAGGUUGAUAUCGAUGCUAUGUUAGCUGAAGAAUUUGAAGAGGAAGAAGAAGAGGAAGAAGAUGAAGAAGAAGAGACGGAAGAGGAUGCUAUAGAGCAUAUGAAAAACGAAUUGCACGAAGUUUAUGAUAAUGACGUCAAUACUUUAUCCGAUGUUUCGGAGAAACUUGCUAGUAUUCUCAUACCACGAGUCGAAGUAGACGCUGGUCGUAAACCUCAUAUUGUUCGUUAUGUUAUAAACAAAAAGCUUAGAUCUAUUGUUUCAAAUCGGAAGUCCAUUUUUGAAAGAGCUCAACCAAUCCCUGAAAGAUUAGCUGAGAGGAUGUUAAAACUAAAUUACAAACAACUAAGUAGGUUUGGAAGAUGGUGUCCAAUGAAGCUCUUGGAAGGCGAAUGUAUUCAACCAAUGCACAAUCCGACAUCUUAUCCGGUCGUCUAUAGACAGCAUGUCUAUUUCCUAUCUAGUAAGAAAGCGCAAGAACAAUUUAUGCUCGAACCCAUUAAGUACCUUCAACAACCAUCACCGAAACCAGUUGUUCCCAUUCGACUGGCAAUUAUUGGACCACCAAAAUCUGGCAAGACAACUUUGGCAAAGAGAUUCGCUCAUGAAUUUGGUGUUGUGAAGAUUUCGGCUGGAGAUGCCAUAAGAAAUGUUAUUCAAAAUCAACCUAAGACACACCUAGCUCAAGAAAUUGAAAAUAAUCUAAAGCAAGGUAAAACAGUUCCUGACGAGCUUACUGUUAGAGCAAUAGAAGUAUCCCUAUUGGACAUGAAAUGCCAAACGAGAGGAUAUGUACUUGAUGGAUAUCCAUUAACUAAAUCCCAAAUUGAACUUAUGACGCAAAGGUCAUUGAUUCCUCUACGGGUCAUAGAGUUAAGUUGUUCGAAUAUCGAAAUUGUCGAUAGGGCAACAAGGGAUAGAUUUGCAGCAGACAGACCUUAUAUUAUGCACGAUAGUUCAAAAAUUUUUGCUGUCAAAUGUGCAGCUUUUAAAAAGGAGAUACCCGGAGUAAAAGAAUGGUAUGCCGGCAAACACGACAACUUAGUUACAAUUGAUGGAGACAGAAGUAAAUGGUGGGUUUGGAAUAAUGCAUCAGAGAUAGCGAGAAAGUCGGUUAGAAGAGUACAAGAUUAUCUAUCCUGUAUUGGUGAUGGAAAGGCAGCUUCUGUUGCUGAUUUAUGCAUAACUCCAUCUGAAUUUUUGGCUAGAAUUGGUUCGUUUGGUCAGUAUUGUUGCGUUAGCCUUGGAGAUAAAGGAGAAUUAGUGGAUUGUUCGGAGCAUCGCAAUUUUGAAUUUACAGCAGAGUUUAGAGGAUACUACUAUAGAUUGGGUGGUAAAGAAGAACUUGAUUUGUUUCUCUCAAAUCCUGAGAAAUACGUCCCUCCGUUGGCUCCUCGUGAAUUGCCUCCAAAAGAUUUAUUGCCAAUAAGACGAACUUUUGCCGAGGCGAAAGCCCUUUUCCCUAUGACGGUUGAUCUAAAUGGUUAUUGUCCUGUAACCUUCCUAGACGGAAGAAAAAGAUACGAGUCUAUUGUUCCUGGAGAUUCUAACUUAGUUGUUGAAUAUAGGAAUAAAUUGCAUUACUUCGACAAUGAAGAGAAACUAGACAAAUUCAUGAGACUACCUGAAAAGUAUUUCAAUUUGACCCUUCCACACAAACUACCGCCCAAGAAGGAACCCCUUCAAGUUACAUCUUUACCAAUGCUCGGUUAUAUGGAACAAUCAGCGGCCGAUGGAAUAAUUAAAGCCCUAACGGCGGUUGGUAACGUAAAACCCAAGUACCCAUUCCUCACAGUUACCCAAAGUUCUCUCAUCUAUAUGGGCUAUCAUCUAAAAGCUUACAAUCCGAGAAAUCCAGAAUAUAUUCGAAAGAAAUAUCGAAAGAAGCUAGAAGAAUUUGAAAAAACGUGUAAUCUUAUUAAAUAUCUUGGUGAUAAUAUGGGUAGAAGAUACAAAGCACCAGCAGAUAGGCCUCCAGAUUUUGAUAAAAAAAUGGAAGAGUUUAUAGAACUGAAGAACUCUGAACACUCUGCUGACACAUGGGUGUCUUGA